AUGGAGACUAAGGACCAGAAGAAACACAGAAAGAAACACAGUGGGCCCAAAGCUGAGAAGAAAAAGAAACGGCAUCUGCAGGAUCUCCAACUUGGAGAUGAGGAAGAUGCCCAGAAGAGAAACCCCAAAGCUUUUGCAGUCCAGUCUGCUGUGCGGAUGGCUCGAUCCUUUCACAGGACUCAGGAUUUGAAGACAAAAAAGCAUCACAUUCCAGUGGUUGCUCGAACUCCAUUAGAGCCCCCACCAAUAGUGGUGGUGGUGAUGGAACCUCCAAAAGUUGGAAAGAGCACUUUGAUCCAGUGCCUCAUUCGGAACUUCACCAGGCAGAAACUGACGGAGAUCAGAGGCCCUGUAGCAAUCGUGUCAGGUAAAAAGCGCAGACUCACCAUUAUUGAAUGUGGGUGUGACAUUAACAUGAUGAUUGAUCUGGCUAAAGUGGCAGAUUUGGUUCUGAUGCUUAUAGAUGCCAGCUUUGGGUUUGAAAUGGAAACAUUUGAGUUUCUAAACAUCUGUCAAGUACAUGGCUUUCCCAAAAUUAUGGGCAUUCUCACUCACUUAGAUUCCUUCAAGUAUAAUAAGCAACUGAAGAAGACAAAGAAUCGAUUAAAACACAGGUUCUGGACAGAAGUCUACCCGGGUGCCAAGCUGUUCUACCUUUCUGGAACGGUACAUGGAGAAUAUCAAAACCAAGAAAUUCACAAUCUAGGCCAUUUUAUUACAGUAAUGAAAUUUAGGCCUCUUACGUGGCAACCCUCUCAUCCUUAUAUCCUAGCAGACAGGAUGGAAGAUUUGACAAACCCCGAAGAUAUUCGAACAAAUAUCAAAUGUGACCGAAAGGUGUCUCUUUAUGGUUAUUUAAGAGGAGCACACUUGAAAAAUAAAAGCCAAAUUCACAUGCCAGGUGGAGGAGAGUUUGCUGUGAGCGAUGUCACUUUCCUCCCGGACCCCUGUGCACUUCCGGAACGACCAAAGAAGCGCUGCUUAAAUGAGAAGGAGAAGUUGGUUUGCGCACCUCUGUCUGGAGUGGGUGGUGUGCUCUGUGACAAAGAUGCUGCCUAUGUUGGUCUUGGUGGCAGCCGUGGCUUCCAGGAAUUGGUGAGAGGAAAGUCAUAG